AUGGACGACUCAUCACCAAUGGAGUGCGGCAUGAACAUUGCUGAUCUCCCCCUCGAUGUCCUGCGUCUCAUCUUUGACGAGUUCCGGGACCCAGAGGUGCUCUCCCACGGUGAAGUCGACUGGUCGCCGAGCCAAUCCCGAGCUUGGCGGCCGGCCGACUCAACCAACCUCCAGACCAUCCAGAAUGCCCGUCUGGCCUGCCGUCUGUUCAACUCCGUCGCCUCACCCCUUCUCGCCCCCGUCCUGCGCCUGGAUCUAAGCAAGAGAUCUCUACAAAUCGCCAAUGGCCUGACGCAAAACCCCCUGAUCGCGUCCGGCAUCCACGGCGUGCUGGUCAACCUCGACUACAGACCAGCUGAAUUAGCCAACAACAUGGCCCUCUACGCCAACUACCUGCAGCUGGAACUGCAGCAGAUCGACACCUACUGCCAGACCAAGAUCUUUCACCACCACCGUUUUAUGAGCGAGGACGAUGAUGAAUGCUAUGACGAGGCAUCAGAGCACCUGGAUGCAUGCACCCAAUGCAGGUUCGAGUAUCGCUCUCUGUGCGACGCAUGGCAGGCCUGCGUCCAGAACAGGGGCAUCUCACCCACCAAGGAGACGCAAGCCUACCAAGCAAUGCUGCGCGAGGGAUUCCAAGUGUACAAGCAGGCUCACGAGGAGCAGGCCCAGAUAAUCGCCGAUGGGUCAUUCGUGGAGUCAAUUGCGAGCGCCAUCGCCAGAGUCGGACAUGCUGUGUCCCUGGGCCUCGUUGACGGGCGCGGCCACAACGCCAGCCCGUUCGCUGCGGACUACUUCUCGUCUAUUCUGAACAAGGACAUCCUUGCAGAGUUCAUGAUCAGGCCACAGUCCUGGAGCGCUAUUGAGAACAUUGAUGCCAAGCUCGUCCCCGCCCGGAUUCUCUCGGAACUGCCUGUCGCCAUCUGGCAAUCUGGCGGUGCGCUUCGGAAUCUGAGCAAUGGCUGCUUUCCCCACCGGAAGGAUCAUUCCCUGGCUCUAUCGCCUGCGCUUGAGGGAGCACAAGGACACAUCGAGGAUGCCACAAGUCAGCUGCGUGCAUUCGAGUUCGGUACUCUGGCCUCAUCAACAGCCGGUCGGUCCCAUCUCGAUGAGGAGGGCAAGGCUGCGAUGGACGUCUAUCUUGGCUCAAUGCUGGAGAGCACCAAUCUACAGAAGCUGAAUCUUGAUAUGAUGGUCUACAAUGGAGAUGAUGACAACGGUAAUCGUCCUGGGUACUAUCACAUCGGCUCGGCCUUGACGUGCGUCAAGAGCAAGGACCUCCGACACGUGAGCAUCAACAAUGCCGCCUUGUCCCAGCAGGACUUGGAGGCCUUUUGCAGAUCUCUUGGUCGUCGCAUUGAAUCAUUAAGCCUGAACAAGGUUGACUUGCUGGAUGGGUCAUGGUUCAACGCGCUCGAGAGGCUGCGUGACACUCUCUCGUCUCGAUGCCUCAGAGGACUCUGUGAGGUAUCGUUUAGCGGCCUCUCCGGCGGUGAAUUCGGCGACCAGCCAGAGGACCAAACCUCCUCAUGGCCUGACAGUGUCUCUGGUCCUCUGUCAAUGGUCAAGAGGGCGGAGCAGUUUGUCAGUGGAAUGGAGGAGAGGAAUGUGUAUUUUAAUUAG